AUGACUAGCACUGAAGUUCAGGGCAUAGAAGAAAUCUAUGUAAGGGGACCUAGCAAAGUCUACAGUAUUGUUAAGGAGAAUGAGGAUAAAGAUUUUUGGAUCUGGCAUUUGGAGAUCAUCAGUGAUUUAGAGGAGUGCAAUUACAGUGGUGUGCAGCUUCAGGCUGAGCUUUGUUGGCGUGGGGGAUGGGGCAAGCAAUCUCCAGCUCCUUGGGCUUUUUUGUUAAGCCAUUGCCUAGCAACUGCAACAGGAGCACAGCAAGCCAUGGCGUCCUCCCAGGCAGAGAGCAGCUUUUUUUAUGAGAGUGAUGACUUCACCUUUGAAGAGAGGAGCUCAGUGUACAAGCUGCAGCUGGAGAGGCUGAGAAAAGAUGGAAAGAAAUCUCUCCUCCACAGGCUGAUCUUUCUGGCCAAGAUCUCACCAGACCUGGCUGAUAAAAGGAAUCUGGCCGAAUACUGGGAACAACUAUUUCUGAAUUUGCAACGCCACUAUUAUCAGGGAGUGGGGGUCACAGGCCUUUUGCUUCUCUACCCCACCUACAUUAUACAUAUACUGGAGUCAUCCAGUGAUGUGCUCUACUCUGUCCUGCGGGAUUUAAGAGACAUGGAGCAGCAGAAGAGAGUGCUAGUCCUGGAUGUCAAGAUCCUGGUAAUGUCGCACAAUCUCCCUGCUCGACUUUUCCAACAGUGGAACUAUAAAGUGUUGAAUCUACCUGAGAGAUAUCUGAACUACGAGACUCCUCAUGAGGAGCCAGUGGAGGCUACCAUCUGUGAAUGCCUCACUGCACUCUUAAGACUGGGCAAAUAUCUGCUGAAUUAUCCCAAGAGCCCUAAGAACUUGCCAGAUCACUUCUUGGAAGAAGUCCCAGAAUUCAUUGUUUCCCAAGACACCAUUGGCUUCCUCCUGGAAUGUCAAGAGUUACUGAGUCCGGCUCAGUUCCUGCAUCUAUUUGAGUUUCCUCUGGACAUCCAGAUGGACUCAGAGAACAUGUUUUCUUUGUCAGAUCGGUUAAAACUCCAUCUCGAUUGGGCUGCUGUGAAGGGGUCCUACAAGAAAGAAAUGUCUUUGUAA